AUGCCCCCGCUGAUGCUGAACGACGGCGGCUCCGCGCAUUCCAUGCCCAAGUACAGCCGGCAAUAUUCCCUGGAACACGUCCACGGCAACUCCCCCUACGCCGCUCCGUCCCCGGCCUUCGGCGGCUCCGCUCUGUAUUCCCCGGAUUCCGGCGCCAAUUCCGGCCCCAUCAUCUCGGACGUGACCGAGCUGCCCCCGUCCAGCCCCGAGGCCUCUCCCGGCGGGAGCCUGGACGGGAGGUGGGAAUCGAGCAGCCCGGUGAUCCGGAUCAAGGAGGAGCCGCCCAGCCCCACGCCCAGCCCGCACGUGGAGGAGCCCAACCCCGGCAACGCCGCCAAUCGAGCCGAGACCCCCCUGUCCCCCUCCACCUUCAUCGACUCCAUCCUGCGGGAAAACGAGCCCGGAGCCGCUCCCGGCAAUCCCCAAUCCCAGGAAAAGUGCCUGAGCGUCGCCUGCCUCGACAAGAAUGAGCUGAACGAGCACCUGGACACGAUCGACUCCAGCCUGGACAAUCUGCAGGCGCUGCUGAGCUCGCACGGCUUCAGCGUGGACAGCGCGCUGCUGGACCUCUUCAGCCCGUCCAUGGCGGUGCCGGACGUGACCCUGCCGGACCUGGACAGCAGCUUGGCCAGUAUCCAGGAUCUCCUCUCGUCCCAGGAGCAGCAGAAGCCGACAGAGGCCGAGGCCAGCGCGGGGGACUCCGGGAAGCAGCUGGUGCCCUGCACGGUGCAGCCGCUCUUCCUGGUGGAUUCCAGCGCCGUGGACGUCGGAUCCGGGGAUCUUCCCAUCUUUUUCGAGCUGGGGGAGGGGCCGUGCUUCCCGGACGGCGACGAAUAUCCCGAGGAGUAUCCCGAGGAGUAUCCCGAGGAUCCCGCGCUGCUGCCGGGCCCGGAGCCGCCCACGCCCAAGGACCCGGCCGUGUCCUAAGGCCGGGAGCAGGACAAGGACAGGGACAGGACCGGGAAAAGGACCCGGAAAAGGACCGGGAAAAGGACCUGGAAAAGGACCGGGAA